AAGCAUUCCCCACUUUUAUUUCAUCUACAUGCUCUUGAAGACUUUUUUCUGUGUCACUGUGAUCAAGGGGAAGUCAGGGUCACUCAGAGGCUGCAUGAGCUGUGUGGCGGGCAGAGUUGGUCUUCAAGACAGCUGUUGUCAAGGAGUUCACAGUCCACAGAUCUGGAGAGAAUGGUGAGCGAAGGAGGGAGAGAGGAGCAGGAGUCGUUCACAGGAGUGUGAACAGACGGUGGUUCUUGGCAGUACAUGAACACACCGGUCGAGAACAUUCCAUAUCUAGCACUUUCUCGUCUUCCCACGAACACCUUGGAACACAACCUACUCUACCAACCUGGGCUUAUCUGUGAUUAAAAUUAGAAAUAUGUCCUUGGAACCUCUCCCUUCUCGUGCCACGUUUCCAUGACACUGCGUGGAAAGAUACGGCUCUCCUAUAAAAGGACAUCUCAGUGUUCCCUCGUUGUCCGUGGAACCUGACGGAUCCGCCACGAUGCUGCCGCUGUGGACCUUCGCAGUACUGCUGGGAGCCGUAGCUGGAGAAGAAGUCUGCUACGAAAAUCUUGGCUGCUUCAGCAAUGAUGCUCCAUGGUCGGGAACUAUAGACAGACCCCUGAAAGCGCUGCCCUGGAGCCCAUCAAAGAUCAACACCCGCUUUCUCCUGUACACCAAUGAGAACCAAAACAACUACCAGCAAAUCACUGCAGAUGCAUCAAGUAUCAGGAACUCCAAUUUCAACACAAACAGAAAAACCCGCUUUAUUAUCCAUGGAUUCAUCGACAAGGGAGAAGAAAACUGGCUAGCCGACAUGUGCAGGAAAAUGUUCCAAGUGGAGAGUGUGAACUGCAUCUGUGUGGACUGGAAAGGUGGCUCCCGAACUACAUAUACCCAGGCCACCCAGAAUGUUCGGGUUGUGGGGGCAGAAGUGGCAUAUUUGGCUAACUUUCUUCAGUCUCAACUUGGCUACUCUCUUAACAACGUCCACCUCAUUGGCCAGCUGGGUUCCCACAUUGCUGGGGAGGCCGGCAAGAGGACAUUCGGAGCCAUAGGGAGAAUUACAGGGUUGGACCCAGCCGAACCUUACUUCCAGGGUACACCUGAAGAAGUCCGACUGGACCCCAGUGAUGCUCAGUUUGUGGAUGCAAUUCACACAGAUGCUGCCCCCAUUGUGCCCAACUUAGGAUUUGGAAUGAGCCAAACUGUGGGUCACCUAGAUUUCUUUCCAAAUGGAGGAGUAGAAAUGCCAGGAUGUCAGAAGAAUAUUCUUUCCCAAAUUGUUGACAUCGAUGGAAUCUGGGAAGGGAGUCGUAACUUUGCUGCCUGUAACCACCUGAGAAGCUACAAGUAUUACUCCGACAGCAUUGUCAACCCAACUGGCUUCGCCGGAUUCUCCUGUACCUCUUACAGUGUCUUCGCUGCGGACAAGUGCUUCCCAUGCCCAAGUGGAGGGUGCCCACAGAUGGGUCACUACGCCGACAAAUAUCCUGAGAAAACAAAAGAGCCAUUCCGGAAAUUUUAUCUGAACACUGGUGAUCAGAGUAACUUUGCACGCUGGCGGUAUCAGGUGUCUGUCACCCUGUCUGGACAGAAGGUCACUGGACACAUUUUAGUUUCUUUGUUUGGAAGUGGAGGAAACUCUAAACAGUAUGAAAUUUUCAAGGGCUCUCUGCAACCAGGCACUGCUCAUGUCAGUGAAUUCGAUUCUGAUGUGGAUGUCGGAGAGUUGCAAAAGGUUAAAUUUAUUUGGUACAACAACGUGAUCAAUCCAACUCUACCCAGAGUGGGAGCAUCAAAGAUCACAGUGGAAAGAAACGAUGGCAAAGUGUACAACUUCUGUAGUCAAGAAACCGUGAGGGAGGAUGUCCUGCUCACACUCUCUUCGUGUUAGGAGGUUGCUGACAUGUGACCACUAAGUACCACUGUAAUAAAAUCUAGUAUUAAGGCAAUACAUUCU